ACUAUAAAUAUGACGCUGAAACGGUCUCGCUUCAGUCGUUCAGGAAAGCUCGAGGUGUGCACUGUGCCAAAUCACAGCAUUCCCUAGUGACAACGUGACACGGGACGCGUAACAACAAAUAUCUAAUACUAAUCAGUUCGCGAUUGUUUAUAAAGACUUUUGAUUUAUUCAAGUGACUUUAUUGGAUUGUUCAGUGAAAGCUUUGAAAGUGGUGAAGAUGUUGGACAAAACCAUCCUCGGUGGUAGUUGGGAAAGUGUGGUGUCGAGAGACGACUACGAGAUUGACUACAACCAGAGCCCGAGAGGGUCUCCUUUGAAGGAUACAUCCAACAUCCAAGAUGAGCCUGGCUACUGCAUCAGCCGUCACAACCCCAACAAGACCUUCCGCCGUGAGUCAGUCAUCGCCUCAUGGAAGAGUCUGAAGAAGGAGAGGGAGCUAGCUUUGGGGAAGCGGUUCAUCUAUGUGGACGCUGACAGUUACCAGGAUUAUUACGGCAGGAACAAGGUCAAGCGUUGCAAGAGUGAGAGGACGCCUACCGCUCCAAACAAGGUGCCAAAGAAAGUCAAGCGCACAUACUCUGUUCUGUACAGGUAUGAUCCGUCUGAAGAGAAAGUGGUGAAGGAGUACAAGUAUCAGCUUCCUAAGGAGAAUGAGCCUGUAAGCCACCCAGUGAUGCAGAAGUCCUACUCCGAACCCUUCUUAAGGUCGGAAACUUCACAGAAGAAGAAGGUCAAGAGGUCUUUCACAACACUGUUGAACAUCAAGACAAAGUUCUUGAACAUUUUCACCUCGAAGAGUUAAAUUGUUGUAGGGAUUUAAACUUGGUUUAAUUGCUCAAUUCAAUGCAUUUUAUAUGAUUGGCGUAUUACUUCGCAUACAAGGUCGUAACCGCCAUGAUUCUAGUCGAAAUUUUGCCUAUCAGGUUCAAUGCCGGAACCGUCUAUUUUCAUAUUGUCUGGUAAAAGUGUAAACAAAAUUGUAAUGGAAGAGAUCAAUCAACAUUUGGUUGCUAUUCCACGUUGAAACAGGCAAAGAUCGGAUAUGUUAUCAGAUCGUAAUUUGUAAGCUUUAUUGAAAGAUUUAUUUUUGAAGUGCCAAAUGUAUUCAUAAAAUAGUAAGUUUAGUAUAUAAUUUGUGAUAUUUUUCGUGUGUUGUGAUAUUUUUUAUAUUUUUGAAGUAUCGUUGUAGUAUGGUCAACGUACUGCAAUUGAUGCUGGAUAGUGUUAACUGUAAUAAUACUCAGUAAUCAGAGAAAUGUUCUAAAUUGCAUGUAAUUAUUUAUAUUAGCCUCUAAUAUAAUUGUUAUUACAAAUCUAAGAACUUAAAUCAACUGUUUACAACUCAUUUGUUAUAUUUUUCAUAAAUAUAAAAUAAAAUGAUGAUUGUAGCAAUUUAAAUAAUGUAACUGCAAUAUAAAAGUAAUUCUUUAUAUUCAGCAAUAAAUAUAAAUGUAAUUACGUAAAUCUUCACAUUGUUAUCGUUUAAGAAAAUUGCUUUGUAUAAUAAUUAUUUUAUAUUAAUAUGCCAAAGUGAUUGUAAUCUUGCAGUUACAAUUAAAGUUACAGUGUAAUUCAUUAUAUUUUAAUGUAAUUUUAAAUAUAAGUGCAGUUCAUUAAUGUAACUUUAUAAAUUAUAACACUCAUUAAAUAACAAUUCAUUAUAUUUAAUAACAUAAAUAUAAAUGUAAUUGUAAUUUAAAAAAAUAAUUAUGUUUUUAAUACACAAAUAAUCUAAUUUACAUUUUAAUCAAUGGUUUCAUUCCUAUCGUGUAAGCAGCUUUACGUAGAUUAAUUAUAAGUAUCUUAUAUUAUAAGUUAUUUUAUAAUAACAAUAGGACUUAGGUCUUAUUGUUAAAAUUAUAAACAUAUCAUUAAAUUAGGAGGUGUAAUGAAUUUGUAAUGAAUGUGAUGGUAAUAUGUAAGAAUUGUGAAAGUAUUAUUAAUUUAGAAUUAAUAAUUAACUAUGAAUUUAUAUUAUCUAAUAAAUAUUUUGUAUAAUGCA